CACAGCAAAAUUUUCAGUCGAGUUCGAGAUUUUGUUUCUGCGUCUUGUGUUGUGCGAAAAGUUUUGGCGAAAAUGUGUAAAUAGUGCAAUUUCCAGGUGAAAAAUAGCUGCAAAACGCGCAUUGAGUGUCCGUGCAGCUGUUUAGCUGUCCAUUUGUGCGUGGUGUGUGUGAUUUAUUGUGGUUUUUAGCUCCCCAAAUUCUAACCCGAUUGGAAGUGCUUUGAGAAAAAGGCUGCAAAAGGUGAUAGAAUUUUGUGGCCAAAAAGUGUGUGAGAAGGAGUAAAGGAGGUGGAGGUGUGAGUGAGAAAAGUGACGGAGAGAAGCAAAAAAAAUGGCAACGGAUAAAAUAAAAGUCGCCGUUCGUGUGAGACCCUUCAAUCGUCGAGAAUUGGAAUUGGGAACACAAUGUGUGGUGGAAAUGGAGGGUCAACAGACAAUUCUGCACAAUGUUACGAAUAUGGAUAAAAUGGAUAGAAAACAACCAAAGACAUUUGCUUUUGAUCAUUGCUUUUAUUCAACGGACUACGAUGCCACACAUUUUGCAUCACAGGAAACAGUAUUUGAUUCUGUCGGCAGAGAUAUUCUGGACAAUGCAUUUCAAGGAUACAAUGCAUGUAUAUUUGCGUACGGACAGACAGGUUCAGGGAAGUCGUAUACGAUGAUGGGAACGGGUGACAACAAGGGAAUAAUUCCGCGUCUCUGUGAUGAGUUGUUCUAUGAAAUAUCCCAUCGGCAGACACCUGAUCUGUCGUACAAAGUUGAGGUGAGUUAUAUGGAGAUCUACAAUGAGAAGGUGCAUGAUUUGUUGGAUCCAAAGCCAAAUAAACAGUCCCUGCGUGUCAGGGAGCACAAUGUACUGGGUCCGUAUGUUGAUGGGCUGUCGCAGCUGGCUGUGACGUCCUUCCUGGACAUUGAUAGUUUAAUGGCUGAGGGGAAUAAGUCGAGAACAGUUGCCGCUACAAAUAUGAAUGCUGAGAGUUCGAGAUCUCAUGCGGUGUUUUCUGUCGUGCUGACCCAAACACUGACGGAUCGGGAGACAAAUGUGAGUGGUGAGAAGGUUUCGCGGAUGUCAUUGGUGGAUUUGGCGGGGAGUGAGAGGGCGGUAAAGACGGGAGCUGUGGGGGAUAGGCUGAAGGAGGGAUCGAAUAUAAAUAAAUCACUAACGACUUUGGGACUUGUGAUAUCAAAAUUGGCUGAUCAGUCGAGUGGGAAGACGAGAAAUGAUAAAUUUGUGCCGUAUCGGGAUUCAGUGUUGACGUGGCUGCUCAAGGAUAAUCUGGGUGGGAAUUCUAAGACUGUGAUGGUGGCCACAAUUUCACCGGCUGCUGAUAAUUAUGAGGAAACACUGUCGACACUGCGGUACGCUGAUCGGGCAAAGAGAAUUGUCAAUCAUGCUGUUAUCAAUGAAGAUCCCAAUGCCAGAAUUAUCCGGGAAUUGAGGAUGGAAGUGGAGGCACUGAGGGAGAUGCUGAAGCAUGCUACGGGGUCACCAGUGGGGGAUACCCAAAGGGGAGAUAUCCAUGACAAGUUGGCAGAAAGUGAGAAUCUGAUGAAGCAAAUCUCGCAGACGUGGGAGGAGAAACUGGUGAAGACGGAGAGGAUACAGAAUGAGAGGCAACAGGCUCUGGAAAAGAUGGGAAUUAGUGUUCAGGCAAGUGGAAUAAUGGUGGAGAAAAAUAAAUACUACCUGGUGAAUUUGAAUGCUGAUCCUUCCCUCAAUGAACUCCUGGUGUACUACCUGAAAGAGAAAACUCUCGUUGGUGGUCGGAGUCAAACCCAGCAGCCGGACAUUCAGCUCCAUGGCUUGGGUAUUCAGGCAGAACACUGCACAAUAACCAUUGAAGAUGGUGGGCUGUUUAUGGAACCAAUAAGCAAUGCCAGAUGCUUUGUAAAUGGAUUUCCAGUGACAGAUAAAACAGCCCUGCACAAUGGUGAUCGAAUUCUUUGGGGAAAUCACCAUUUCUUCCGGGUAAACUGUCCCAAAGGGGCUGGAACGGUCAGCAAUGUGGCUUCAGAGCCACAAACUCCAGCUCAGCCCAUUGAUUACAAUUUUGCCCGGGAGGAAUUGAUGCAGAAUGAACUGAGCAAUGAUCCCAUUCAGACGGCCAUUGCACAGCUGGAACGACAGCACGAGGAGGACAAGCAGGUGGCCCUGGAGAAGCAAAGACAGGAGUACGAAAAGCAAUUCCAACAGCUGCGAAAUAUUCUGUCUCCGAGUACUCCAUAUGCACCAUAUGCUCCGUAUGAUCCUCUGCGAAUGGGCAAAAUAACUCCCUGUACGCCCACCACGCAGAUGAGGAUGGAGAAAUGGGCACAGGAGCGCGAUGAGAUGUUUAAGAGGUCUCUGGGUCAGCUGAAGGCUGAUAUCAUGAGGGCCAAUGCUCUGGUGCAAGAGGCCAAUGUUCUGGCUGAGGAGAUGGAGAAGAAAACAAAGUUCAGUGUCACUCUGCAGAUUCCACCGGCUAAUCUCAGUCCUAACAGACGGAGAGGGGCUUUUGUGAGUGAACCGGCCAUUCUGGUAAGGAGAAUGAAUCAGGGAAGUCAAAUUUGGAGCAUGGAGAAGCUGGAGAAUAAGUUGAUUGACAUGAGGGAGAUGUAUCAGGAGUUCAAGGAUCGCCCAAUGUCACUAAUGCCAAUCGAGGAGCCCCUGGAAUUAAUUAUGCCAGAUGAUGAUGAAGAGGAUGAAAGCAGAAAGGCCAUGGAUCCGUUCUACGAGUCUCAGGAAAAUCACAAUUUAAUCGGUGUUGCCAACAUUUUUCUCGAAGUGCUGUUCCAUGACGUCAAGCUGGACUACCACACGCCUAUUAUCAGUCAGCAGGGCGAAGUGGCAGGCCGGCUGCAGGUGGAGAUCACCCGGAUAGCUGGACAGAUGCCGCAGGAUCGAAUGUGCGAGACUGGCUCGGAUAAUUCCUCCGAAGGCAGUCGAGACGAUGAUUAUGGCUGCGAUCCUAUGGCCAGUCAAAUCACUUGCCGAGUCAGCAUCAAACAGGCCACGGGAUUGCCUAUCUCCCUGUCAAACUACGUCUUCUGCCAGUACACUUUUUGGGGCCAUCAGGAAACGGUGGUGCCCGUAGUCAAUUCCGAGCUCAUCAGUCACAAUGAGAACAACAUUUACAAGUUUGAACACGUGCAGGAUUAUACGGUGCAGGUGAGUGAGGAGUUCCUGGAGCAUGCAGCUGAAGGAGCUCUGAGCAUUGAGGUUUGGGGUCACAGAUCCAUGGGUUUCUCGCAGUCCAAAGAAUGGGAAGUUGAGCACAAGGAAGCCAAAGCGAGAAGCCUGGUGGAUCGCUGGGCGGAGUUGUCCAGGAAAAUCGAGCUGUGGGUUGAGAUUCAUGAGUUGAAUGACAAUGGGGAGUAUUCGCCGGUUGAGGUGACCAAUCGCAAUGAAGUGCUAACAGGUGGAGUGUAUCAGGUGCGUCAGGGGCAGCAGCGUCGAAUUCAGGUGCGCGUAAAACCUGUCCAGAAUUCCGGAACGCUCCCAAUCAUUUGUCAGUCAAUUCUGAGUAUUGCCGUGGGCAGUGUGACGGUGAGGUACAGGCUGCAGAAGCCCCUGGAUUCCUACCAGGAGGAAGAUCUGACUGUGCUGAGGGAUAAGUGGAGUGAAGCACUGGGCAGGAGGAGACAGUAUCUGGAUCAGCAGAUUCAGAAGCUGAUAAACAAGGAGGAGAAGUCGGAUGAGGAGAAGGAGCGGGAAUUGAGUCUGGUGCAUCAAUGGGUGUCACUGACUGAAGAGAGAAAUGCCGUUUUGGUUCCUGCUCCAGGAUCUGGAAUUCCUGGAGCUCCAGCCUCGUGGGAUCCGUCCCCGGGGAUGGAACCACAUGUUCCUGUUCUCUUUCUGGACCUCAAUGCCGAUGACCUGAGCACGCAGAAUGCAACGGAUGAACUUUCGGUGGUGGGACUGAAUUCCAUUUUGCCGAAGGAGCACGGCAAUAAAUUCUACACGCUGCAGAUUCUGCAGCAUCUGGACAAAGACAUCUGCGCCAUUGCCAGCUGGGACUCAUCCAUGCACGAUAGCCAAUCGCUUAACCGUGUCACAGAAGCAAAUGAACGAAUCUAUUUAAUAUUGAAAACGACUGUAAGACUGUCACAUCCUGCCCCAAUUAAUUUAGUUUUAAGGAAACGUCUAGCACUGAAUAUUUACAAGAGGCAGAGCCUGACGGAUCGCAUCAAGAAGUUUCGUCUUGGACGCUUUGAUAAUACGAUAACACAAACUGGGGUAACUUAUGAGGUUGUCUCUAACAUUCCCAAAGCCAGUGAAGAACUUGAGGAGCGUGAAUCACUGGCACAGAUUGCGGCAAAGGGAGAGGAUUGUUCGGCAAGUGAUGGAGAAACUUAUAUUGAGAAAUAUACAAAGGGUGUGUCUGCUGUUGAGAGUAUCCUGACACUGGAUCGACUGAGGCAGAGUGUGGCAGUGAAGGAAUUGGAACAGGCACAGGGACAACCACUAUCAAUGAGGAAAACUGUCAGUGUUCCAAAUUUUUCUCAGGCUGUAAAAGAAACUGCAAAUAUCGGUGGUAUUAUGCGAUUCGAUACAUCGAUGGAGUCUCUAAUCACAGUUGGACGUUCAGAAUCAUUUGCUGAUUUGAAUAAUCCAGAAUAUGGAGUUUCUCGGUCAUUUAUGGCCUCACAAGUUCACCGUGAUCUCUUCUCUCAAUCAGCGACAAAUCGCGAUUUUGGCAUGAGAAAUCGUCACAGUUUCGGUGGAAAGUCUGCAAAUGAGGAGACAAUUGCAGGAAGUUCAAAACCAUUUGGCAUAGGCUCUAUAUUGUCAGCUCGACCGACCUUCCUUAAUCUCAAUUUGAAUCUAAAUUCAUUGAGGUUGCAGCAGCCGACAAAACCAUCUCCUGCCAACAGCAAAUUGAGUGGUUUUCGCAUGACAACACUCCAUGAGGAGCCACUGGGCCAGAAGACUCUUCUGGAGGAACCAGAAGAUAGCUACAGUGAUCCAGAAUAUGGAGAUUAUGAAGCUUAUGAAGUGAAAGCUUCACAAAAAGUUAAGACAAUGUCCAGGAUGACUGGUUCCCGGACAAUGGACUCCCUCAUGGAUAUUGGGAGUUCUUCGGGACAUUUGAUAAAUUUUACCAGUAAUUCAACGUCCUCAAAUUCCUCCACAACUUCCUCCAAUUCAUCGGGUUCUGGGGCAACUGGAGGAGCCACAGUCCUGAAGAAUGUAGCUGGAGCUGGAACUCCAAGUAUGAGUUCGUCAGCAUCCAGCGGUUAUGGUUCUCAGGCUGUUUCACUGGGAAAUCUCACGAGUGACGAUGCUCUGUCACUGAGAUCGAUGAGCGUAGAUGAGACUCCUGAUCUAGACAGAUCCUCGUCGGCUUCGCCACCAACGAGAGGCACAAAAGCCAUUCAGGAAGUUACAACUCCCAGUCAAAAGCGCAUCAAUCCUUUCCUGAAGGACAUGGUAAUGGUGGACGGGCCAGUUGAGACUGUCCGGAAACCACUAACUCCCACCAAAGAGCAUCCACUGCAAGAUCUCGCAGAGGAAGGAAGAAAUUCCGAGGAGGAUGAUGAGGAUUUCCCAAGAGAUUGCCCAAAGAAAAACUCCGUGGACAUCAAUGAGAAUCGGCAGGAGAAGUUGAUUUCCAGGGAUGAUGAUUCGGGAUCAGAUGCCAGUGGGAGGAAUAGGAAUGGACAGGAGACGGGAAAAGUAGUGAAACGCAAGAAGAACCAAAAUGCCGGACAGAAUAACUCAAAUAGAGCGUCAUCUGAGACGGAUUCUUCAGACAAAAUGGAAGAUGAUGGCCAGGGCAAGACGAUUGAUGCAAACAUUCCUGACUGGGUUGUCGUGGGCGAGAGUGUCCUCAUUCGUCCCUACAAUACCAGCGGAGUUAUCAGCUUCGUCGGAGGGACUCAUUUCCAGGGCGGCACAUGGGUUGGAGUAGAAUUGGACACGCCCACUGGGAAGAAUGAUGGAACUGUCCAAGGAAUUAUGUACUUCACGUGCAAGCCAAAGCACGGAAUUUUCGUGCGAGCUGACAAGUUGAUUUUGGACAAGAGAGGACGCGCCAUGAGAACGUACAAAGCCGAGAAGCUCAAGGGGGAGGAGCCAAAAGCAAAGUCCGCGGGAAUACAAAGUGGGCGCAAAUGAUUGUUCCACAAAUGUUCGCAUCAGAAGGGAGGAGGAGUCAAUCCUUAUCCGCUUCGGGUUGCGAACAGAGGAACAAAUGCACCGAGAAGAUUUCAAAAUUACUAAAAAAAAAGAGGAAAGGAAAAAAAAAAAUUCCACACGAUGUUUUUCUUAGUGCUUGGUGUCUAUAUUCUUUUUUUUCUAAAGUUUUUCUUUGUAGAAAGGAAAAAGAUCACACAAAUUUUCUUUUUUACUCGUUUUAGUAACAUAUCUUGUUGAUGGAAUUCCUUUUUAUAAUCCUGUUUAUUGACGUUUAUUUGUCAAAUUUUAUUAAUUAAAUAAUUUUUCAUAUCUCUGAAAAUUAAUCACAUCGAAUUGAUGGAUUUAAUUUUCCCUUUUUUUCUGUGAACUUUAAGAAAAUAUUUUCAAUGUGAAAUGGUGCAAUAAUAUUUUUUUAGUAUUUGUCUUUUAAAUAUUGUUUAUUUUUAUUUUUUUCGAAAUUCCUAUCAGUAUUUUUUUUGCUUGAUAGAAAGGAAAGUAAUAUAAAGUUAGUUAGGGAGACAUUCCAUUUCACAACAAAACACUUUUUCGCACUCUAUUCACCAAGAGAUUUUCAUAUAAAAAAAAAAGAGAAAAAGAAAUGAUUAUAAAAAACAUAGAAUAUUGAUAAUCCUCUAGUUGAGAAGUAAAAAAAAAUUCUACAAUUUACUUAAAGAAAUCAAGAAAAAAUGUCUAUUAACCUAUUUGCAAAAGAAAAAGGAAAAAAAAAUUGAAAAUUGCAUUAAAAACAUUAAAAAUAAAUCUAAAAAAGAAUAUUUCAAGUGAUAGUGAGCAUCUUUGAAUUUAUUUUUGCUUAUAAAUGUGUGGAAAAAAAACUUAAUAAUAGAUGCAUUUUGAAAAAAUAAGAAAAAAGCAUUUUCAGACUUCAUAAGCAAUUUUUACUGCUCAUUAUUUAGUGGAAAGGACAAAGUGAAAGCUGAGAAAAUUUUAGAAUUCUCGAAAAGUUAUUAAAAAAGAGAGAAAUAAUGAAAUACAGAACAUAGACCCUUCGAAAAAAAUAUAAAAAACAAAGUGAAUAAUGUCCAAAAGAGAAAAAUAAAUAAAUAAGUGUGCCAAUUACCAAAAUAUCCACAAGAUAAUAUCAUUAAAUUGAAGAGAAAAGUAAAUGAAUUUAGAAGAAGAAUAAAGGAAAAACUGACCUAAAAAAAAGAAACGUCCCUUUUCACCAAAAAAAAAAGAAUAAAAAAAUGCAAAGUAAAUGAAUUUUACACUCUUAAAUAAGGCGUCUCCAUCCAUGAAAAGAAAAGAUAAAAUCAUUACUUUUUACACGUAAAAAAAAACCUAUUAAAAAAAAGAAUAAAUUUUUAAAAAUAUCAACUUUGUCCAACAUUUUACCACAUAAAUAUAUUUUAUUGAAAAAAACAUUUGCAAAACUUUAAAAACUACAAAAAAAAAAUUGUGUACAUAAUGAAUUUUAAACCAAAUCCGUCAUUGGAAUUUUUUCUCUUUCAAAAAAAUAAGUAAAUUUUAAAUAAAAGACAACCUCUAAAUUUUUGAGAAAAAAAUCGUCCAAGAAAUUUAAAAAAAAAAUGCAAUUUUUCAAAUUUUUGGCGUAAAAAAAUCAGUGGAUAUUUUUUUAGUUUUAUUGAUAAAUAUUGAAAGAAAAAGACAAAGAUUUUAAAAAGUGCACAAGCAUUGCCCAAAAAAUGAUAAAAGAAAAUAUUAAAAUAUGCUUACUUCUCUUUAAAAAAAAACCAUUGGCAUUACUGAGCUUUGUGUGACUUUUUUUUCGUAUUUGGGUGUUUGAGUCAUUUAAGUCCCACCUAUAAUAUUGAUAUAGCCACGAAAUGGAAAUAUAUUAGCUACUUUAAGUAUAGACCACUCCCCUUAAAAAAAUCUCUAUUCAAAAUUAAAUUCUCUAUUAAUUCCUAAAGGGAGCCAAAAGCUAUCACAAAAAAUGUCCUGACGGAGAUCUACCGCUCGUAAUAUUUUAUUUGACGAAGGAAUUUGAAUACAAAUCGUUAAGAAAUACAAGCCACACCCCCUUCAAAAUUCUCAAUAAGAAAAUUUGUCUUUAAUCCUGAAGAAUUCCUAAAGGGAUCCAAAAGCUAUCAUAAAAAUGUCCUGACGGAGAUCUACCUCUCGUGAUAUUUUAUUUGUCGAAAGAAUUUAAAUACAAAUCGCUAAGAAAUACAAGCCACGCCCUAUUCAAAAUUUUCAAUAAAAAAGUUUGUCUUUAAUCCUGAAGAAUUCCUAAAAGGAACCAGAAGCUAUCAUAAAAAUGUCCCGACGGAGAUCUACCGCUCGUAGUAUUUCAUUUGACGAGAGAAUUUAAAUACAAAUCGUUAAGAAAUACAAGCCACGCCCCAUUCAAAAUUCUCAAUAAGAAUGUUUGGCUUUAACCCUGACGAACUUCUAAAGGGAACGAAAGGCUAUCAUAAAAAAUGUUCUAAUGGAGAUCUAUCGCUCGUAAUAUUCUAUUUGACGGAGGGAUUUAAAUACAAAUCGCUAAGGAAUACAGGCCACGCCCCUUUCAAAAUUCCUGGUAUUGAAUUUUGGCUUAAAACCUGAAAAAUUCCUAAUUAGAAGCCAGGAUUGUCAUUGAAAAAUAUCCUCGUGGAGAUUUAGUGCUCGUAAUAUUUUAUUUGGCGGAAGGAUAAAAAUAAAAAUUGCAGAGAAAUAUAAACCACGCCUCCCAUAUUCUGUAAACACUGAAUUUUAGCUUGUAAUAGUGAGACUUCCCAAUAGGAAGCAAGGCGUAUCAUGCAGAAAUUGCCUGAUGGAGAUCCAGUUCUUAUAGUAUUUUAUUUGAUCAUAGAAUUUAAAAAACAAUGUUAAAAGAUACAAGCCACGCCUUCUUCAAAACUGUCAAUAGUGAAAUUUUACUGUAAUUCUGAAAAAAUCCUAAUGGGACCUAAGGCUUAUCAGUACUCACAAAAUUUUAUUCGAUCACUGAAUUAAGGAAAUUGCGUAAGAAAUAUAAACCACGCCCAUUGCAAAAUUCUCAAUAUUGAAGUUUAGCUUUUUUCUUGAAGAAUUUUCCACUGGGAAACAAGGUUUAUCAUAGUGAAAUUACCGGACGGAAAAGAUUUAAAUAAAAAUCGCUGAAAAAAUAAGUCACGCAAGUCACGUCAAGAAUCGGGUAAAAAUAUAAGUCACGCCCACUUCAAAAUCCUCAAUAAAAAAAUUGUGAGUUAUUUCGGAAGAAUUCCUAAAGGGACUCAAAGUUUAUCACAGAUAAAUUCCUUGGCGAUGAUCCAAAACCCGUAAUAUUUAAUUUUAAAGAAGUAUUUAAAAAUAAAAGCGCGUAAAAAUAUGAGGAACGCCCCCUUUAAAAAUCUCAAUAGUGAAUUUUAGUGGCUUGAAUUUUAGUGUGCUCUGAGCCGACUAAAAAAUUUCUAAGGUUUCUUUUUUGAAUAGUUUUAUUAGUCAUAGAUUUCUCGAUAUCUAAAAAAAAACUCAUUUGCCGUUGUAUGUUUUCAAUGGGGCGUGGCUUCGAUCAAAAUUCAAAAUAUUCGCAGAUUUUAUGUUUCAAUUUACAAGGCUUUAAUUUACUAAGGCUUUUUGUAGGGUUUCUUUGAUCGUAUGUCUGCAAAUGAGAUGCUUCUAAAAAUUUUUGAAAGCUUGACUUGGUCGUACUCCUCAUUAUUAUGUCAAGAACGCUUCCUUGAAGUUCCAAAGGAGGCGUGGCUUUUUAAACGAGCUUUAAAAAAGUAAUCAAAUUAUUCAAAUUGUUAACUUCGUUUGCGAAUGAUAUGCUAAGGUUUUUUAAAAGCAUCCUUGGUCGUAAGUCUCACUUUUAUGUCAAGAAUGUUUCCUUAUCAUAAUGGUGUUCCAAGGGGGCGUGGCUUAUCUAACUACAAUCGAAAUAUUCACAGAAAUUUUGCUCAGUAGCCGCGGUAAAGUCCCCAAAAAAUUGACUGGAUAGUUUUCCUUGGUCGUAGGACUGCUUUAUAUUUCAAUAACGCUUUGUUUGCAAUUAUGACGUUCCAUUGGGGCGUGGCUUAUCUAACUACAAUCGAAAUAUUCACAGAAAUUGUGCUCUGUAACCACCGUAAAGUCCCCAAAAAUUUGACUAGAUAGUUUUCCUUGGUCGUAGGACUGCUUUAUAUUUCAAUAACGCUUUGUUUGCAAUUAUGACGUUCCAUUGGGGCGUGGCUUAUCUAACUACAAUCGAAAUAUUCACAGAAAUUGUGCUCUGUAACCACCGUAAAGUCCCCAAAAAUUUGACUAGAUAGUUUUCUUUGGUCGUAGGACUGCUUUAUAUUUCAAUAACGCUUUGUUUGCAAUUAUGACGUUCCAUUGGGGCGUGGCUUAUCUAACUACAAUCGAAAUAUUCACAGAAAUUGUGCUCUGUAGCCGCCAUAGUCCCCAAAAAUUUGCCUAGAUUGUUUUCCUUGGUCGUAGGACUGCAAGGCUUCUAAAUGUCUUUUAAAAAACGUUUGUAAUAUCAGAAAUUGCUAAAGGGGCGUGGCUAUUUGAAUAAGAUAAUUAGGUCACAUCCUCUGGUACCUAAAAGCAGUCACAAAUUAGAAAUAUCUAACUUGCAAUUCGGCGUUGUAAAACAAUAUAAAUUGAUAAAAAAUAAUCGAAAUAUUUAAGUUAUCUUUCCGGGAGAAGGCGUGGCCUAGAAUUCUUAUGGGCGGGGCUUAUUUUGAAAAGCAUUUUACCUAAUUGAAGAAAAAAAUUAGAAAAAAGGUCACGCAAAGUAAAGAAGUUCCAAAAAAACAUUACCUAAAAAUAUUAUAGACAUCUUUCUUCAAAUGUAAAUAUAAUAAUAAAUGAUAAAAAAAAACACUAAAGAUGGGAAUAACAAUUUUAAAGUAAAAUAAUGUGAAAUGAUCCCAAAUAGAAAUUAUAUUCGUAUGAAGGAGUAAAGAUUAAUAAAAGAUAAAUAAAACUUAGAAAUUUCUGCAAAGUAGGAAUUAGUAGAUUGAAAUAAUAAAACAUUAAGAAAAAAAAAUCUAGCAAAAAAAAGUAGAUUGGCAGCGAAAUGAUUUUAGUGAAAUAGAGAACAGGAUAAAAGAAAAGAAGCAUUCGUAGAUGUUUAUUAAUUUAUGCUACUUUUUAAGAAAAAAUCACACACAGAAUUUUAUAAAAUACACUUUAAGUUUUAAUCGUGAUAUAAAGUUAUUAAUUGUGGGACUCGUUUUUAUUUGUAAAGAAAAAAAAGAAGAGAAAAUAAAUGAAGAAAAGAUGGAAUUAUUUACAGUAUAUUUUAUUUUUAGUUGAAAUGCAUUGAAUCAUUGUGUUAUUAGAUGAUUAGAAAGAAAGAAUUGUAGAUGUUUUAUUUAAAUUUAAAGUAUAAGAACUUUUUUUUUGUAAAUGUUGAGUAUUUUAUUUUUCUUCCAACAUUUUAUGUUUUAAUUUGCCAUACAAAAAAAAAAAUGAUACUAAAAAAACCAUAUUUUGUGAAUGAAAAAUGAUAAAAAAAAAAUUAAUAAGAAAAAUAUUCGCUAUUUUGCCCUAAAAAAAAAGAACAAAAGCAACUUAUAAUUUUUUUAAAUAAAAGAAAAAUCUAACAAAUUCUAGAGGAAACUGUGGAGUAUAUUUAGGCAAGUGAAAAAAACAAAAGCUAAUAAAAUAUAUUGUCAUAAAAGAAGAAAAACCAACUUAAAAAUAAAAAUAACAUAUGAAUAGCAAGUCAUGUUCAUUCCAAAAUUGUAUGUUUAAAAAGAAUAAAUUUCAGAAAAAGUCUCAAA